UCUAUUCACAGGUUCUCUUCGCCAUCACAACUGUCCAUCAAAUUCCGAGAACAUCAGCUGUUUGCAUCGGAUGCCGGGGAGUUCCAAGUCGUGGCCAAGACGUUUUUGUAUUAUGGCACUUUAUACAAUCCUUCGAGGUUGGACUAUGAUAUCGCCUUGGUUGAAUUGUCUGCACCUGUUACCAUCACUGGACCUUCGUACAUCCGCCCCGCUUGCUUGAUUGCUCAAGGGUUCGACGUGAACGCAUUCAUUGGAGUUCCUAUCGGCUGGGGAGUUCACAGAUCUCAGUCCCCUGUGCUGCGAGAAACCAGGGUUUCCAUCCUCAACAGAGCAAAGUGCCUUUUGUCUGGAGGAGAUCCUUCAAGCACGCACAUUUGCGGAUACACGAAAGCAAAUGGAAUUUGCUACGGAGAUUCCGGAGGACCUCUAACGGUGUAUUCGAGUGGAAAGCAUUACCUUGCUGGGGUCACUUCAGGAACCCGCGGCAACAGGGAACAAAACAUCUGCAGCACCGAUUGGCCACAGUACUACACUCAGGCCACACUUCUGGAGGAGACUGUGGCUAAUUACACACAAGGUUGGGUGGAUCAAUCUGCUGCACCAAUGAGACCACUUGUGUCUGGUGAAUCUAAAAGAACUAAAGUUGAAGGCUAUGAGGAGAAGAGAGACUUCAUUCUUGAUAUCAGCCAGACUUUCAAUUGCCUGGUAGCCGCUGGAUACAAAAUUCUAGAGGAUGGUGACCUCCUGGACAGUGUGCUGGGAAAAGUUCCUCUCAACUGUGCACAAAUUUUUCUGGACUACUACUUGCCCAAGGAGCAACAUCUCCUCAACUUGGCAUUUUGGAUAGAAAAGAAACUGCUUUCCAACAAAUGCUUGGAUCUUCUACCUGAUAAUAAGAGCAUCCAUCAUCAGCCGCCAGUUGGUCAAUUCAUGGUUGCACACCCACCAGUUGUCAAGCCCCGGUCAGUCCAACUGCCAGCCAGGGCAGUUCUUGGCCUCGCCAAUCCCCAGCCCACCAAACUGGUUUGGUCACCCAAUUGUUGGGGCACCCAAACAAUCAGCUGA